AUGGCUAACUCCUUUGCUACUAGCUUCUGGACUGAGGACUACAUUACAGGCAUCAAUGUUUUAUUUGAGAAGCUGUAUCAGGGUUGUUACGAGUGCGACGAGUUCGUGUCUCUGUUCCAGACGAGAAUGACUGCAGAGGCCAAUCAUGGAAGCAAGCUACUGCAAAUUCCCAACACAGUCUCUUUGAAUUCCCUUGGAUUUGGAAGGGACGAUGGUGCAUCUCUCAAAGCUUCAUUCGUUAGUAUUCAAGAACAAAUGAAAACUGAGGGAAAAUAUCAUCUCCAGGUUGCAGAGCGAAUACAGUCUGAAGUUAUUGAUCGCUUUAGCAAAUGGAGUUCAGAUCACUCUCAACGUGUCAGAUAUAGUCAAAAGACUUUAGAUGCCAAAGUUACCAAAUAUGUUAAAAAUAAACAAAAUGUCGAUAAGAUUCAGAAGAAAUACUUUAACAAGUGUCGAAUCUUAGAAGACGUCAAAUCUGAAUUGGGCAAUGUUGAUUUUGAAGAAUUCCUAAAAGAUAUGACUCAGGUUGAGGUCAACGAAGCUUCAAAUGAUGGUAGUCCUGUGAUCCUUGCAGGCUACGAGUACAAGUACUCUGAUUUUUUGGAGAUGCUUAGUAAACUUCUGAGUGAAAUUCCCAAGAGACCUUUCAAAAGAUAUUUGGUGAAUUAUGAUUUCUGUUCCACGGGCUCUGAAGUUUCAUCAUGGGUACAAUUGAAUAUUGGAAUUGCUGAUAUUGCCAAAAUUGAAAAGUUCGGUCAAGAUUUAAUCAAUCUUGGAUACAUAAGAGCUAUUGAUAGUGGAAGUUUUGCUAUAGGAUCUCAAUUACAUUAUCAGUGGAGACCUGAAGCAUUCAAAGAGGCUAACUUAGAGAUGGCCUAUCCCCAGGACAGUUUUCAAUUUUCUCAAGAGGCCAAUAGAAACAACUUAACUAAUUAUUUUGGUGAAGUCAAAGAAUUGGUCUCAGGUGUCAGCAACGUGGAUAUUAAUGACAAAUCAACUAUAAGAAAACUUGUCAGGGAGUGUGAUGAAUUGGAUAAGCUUUAUCUUAAGGAAGUUUUGAAUCUGGAUGAAGAAAGGUGUAAGCUGGAGGUUACUAUCACUGAUCAUCUUCAAUUUAUGGAGAAGUGUGAACUUGACCGAUUGAGAGCUCUAAAAAAGGCAACACAGGAUUUCUUGGUAUGCCUCUUCAAUCAAGCUGCUACUCCUAGUCAGGCAGACUAUUUAAUUAAACUUGAUUCAGUUUUCACAGGGUUAACAGUGGCUGAGGAAAAUAUGCAACCUGAGAAAGACUUGAAUUUUGUGUUAGAGAAUUACCAGACUGGAUAUUACAGACCACGAUCUCUGGUUUAUGACAAUUUCCAGUCUUCGAAAAAUAAACAGAUCUUCGGAGUGGAAUUGAGUAUCAGAUGCCGGAUGGAAAGAAAAAUUGUUCCGUUGAUAGUGUCUUCAAUUUUGACUCAUAUGGACCAUAGUUAUGGACUUAUGGAAAAUGAUGACGUCAGAUUGAGUUGCUGGACAAGCCCAGUUCAGCUCACGAUGACACACGAACUUAGAAAGCGUAUCAACCAUAUCCUAUUGGAUAGUGACAGUGCUCUAAAUGGGGAUUCAAAAAGCUAUGAAAAAAUUCUGGCCGAAUAUGAUGCUCCUGUCGUUACAAAUGUCUUGAAGCUGUAUUUAUUGGAACUACCUGAUUCUUUGGUAACAGGUGACUACUAUGACUCUAUAAAGUCUCUGUAUAACCAAUUUGGUUCCGCUGACCAAACAAACGAGAGAAUUAACGGACUAGUGAGUUUCCUGACCAGUCUUCCAACUAAUAACAUUGCGACACUAGAUGCAAUCCUAACUCACUUUAAUAGAAUAAUUGAAACGGUCAAGCAGAACAAGACAGAAGACCCGGCAUUACAACAGAGACAUAUCAAUGACUUCAAGGAGAAGAUUUCUCAUGAAUUCUCUACCUUGGUUCUCAGACCAAAGUUCAACUCCGGUCAUAGCACAGGGCUUAAUGACAAACAUUGUUACAAAUUGGUUCUUGAUUUGUUAAACAACAAGCAAGAAAUAUUUGGUAAGGUCAAGAAGCAGGUUUCUUCAGCCAAAAGGAGUACCUCUUUGAGUCCAGCUUCUUCUGUUCCUCCAACAUCAGUCGCUAAGAAAGCAGUUAAUGAACUGAAGCGCAUAGACACUAGUUCCAGAUCUGUUGAGAACCGACUACACAACAUUGUGACUAGAAAAGUAUCUAGUUCUGAGGGUGAAUCUGCACCGGACCGUGCCAACGGACUCGGCCCCACAACUUCUGUACUAGCUGAAUAA